AUGGUUCGAUCGUACGCCGAGAAUGUGCGGGCUGAUUUGGAGGCGCCAGAUCUCGGUUGGCGGAAGCGAGGAGGGUCCGUCCAUACAGAGUGGAUGUGUUGCAUGCGCCACGGGAGGUUUUUGGAGUUCGUAUGGGCACAUGUGUGCAUCAUAUGGAGAAGCCUGUCAUGUCGAUGUCUGUUCGGACUGGCUGCUGAUGCUGCUGGUGUGGAUUUGCCUUCAGUAUUCCGAUGCUCUAUUUGGUAG